GUGCAAUUGCACAGACCUUCCUUGAUAGGGGAGGUGUCAGCUUCUCUGAAAGUGGCAUUUGAGGUUCACAAAAGAUGUAGCAGUUAUUUUGAAGACUAACUUGCCAAAAAAAUCCUGUGGUUGGUUUAUACUUCUGUCUCCAGUUCUAGGCAAGUGUGGGUUUGCUGAUUUCUGCAUCAGAGGAUUCUGGUGCUGUGGAGGGAGGAUGGACAGGGAGAGUCACCCAUCAGGUUGAAUCAUCUGCCUCACAGACAUCCCUGGAUCCAGCUCCACAGUAAGCAGGGCAAGAGAGUAGCCAGCAGGCAAUGAAAACUCUGAAAUUCUGAGUUAGGAUCAAGCCUGUAUGCAAAGGACAGUAUCAACAUGAAAGAGGUUUUCAUCCUGCUGCUGAAUCUGUAUUUGGCCUUCCAUGUUCAAGCCAUUCGAGAGAGUAUCCCAAUGAAAAGCUUGAACUGCUACAACGAUUACAACUCAAAGGUGACCUGCACAUGGAUGGAGCAUUCAGAGGCUCAUGACCUUGUUGCUAUGGUUCUUUACCAAAGGGAUAAUAUUAUAAUGUCUUCAGAUCAGACCACUUUAUUUGCACACAGGGAGGACAAGGACAUGUUUUGCAAACGCCAGACAGAGAAUGACUUACAUGAAGCUCCAGACGUGUAUGUGCACUGGGUCUGCCACAACACUACAGAACAUUUUGGAAUAGGGGUAGAUCAUUGGUAUGGCUUCAGACCUAACAAGGUGCUUCAAGCGGAACUGGAUGUUGAUCUUUUCCAAAAUGUUCAGCCCCUCCCACCUCAAAACCUCUCAGUCACCUUGAUGACAUCAGGAGACUUCUUGCUGACCUGGAGAACAGCCAAUGGAAGCCAAGGGUUGGGCAAUGCACUGAAGUUUGAAGUCACUUACAAGCGGGAGUGGGAGUCCUGGGAGGAAGCUGCCUUGCUCUUGCUCUCCAACACCACACAUUGCAGUCUCAGCCGUGAGGACCUUGUCCCAGGGAGCAGCUACGUUGCCCGUGUGCGAGCCAGACCAGGGCAGGCCAGUGGCUUCUCUGGGCAGUACAGCGAGUGGAGCACAGAGGUGUCAUGGAAGACCCCUGAAGGUGGCCUUCAGCCCAGGAACCUUCGCUGCCUCUUCAAUGGUGGAGAUCGUCUGACAUGCAGCUGGGAAGUGAAGAAAGUGAUCACCACCUCUGUCCUCUUCAGCUUGUUCUUCAGGGCCACCCCAGCAUCAGAAGAAGAGGAGUGCUCUCCUGUGCAUGAGAAGACUUUGCCCCACACCCCAUAUGUGGUCCAGAGCUGUGAGAUCCCUGUUAGUAAUUCCAACAGCCAGAGCCAGUACCAUGUGUCUGUCCGGGCCAAGACGGAGGAGAAGCUGAUUGAAGCCUACAAAAACAUUCAGGUGCUGCCGCCUGCAAAUGUGUCAGUAACAGCAACAGAGAACCAAGAGUAUGAACUAAGGUGGAUAAAACACAAAUUGAAUUACAGCUUCAUAAGACAGAGAUACCAAGUCAAGUACUGGGAAAACAACCGAUAUGAAAAGACUCUCCAGGAGUUAAAUAUCAGCAAUGAUGAACCUCCCUUCAUCUUCACCCUGCAGAUGCUGGCAGCAUCUACAGAGUAUAGGGGGAAAAUGCGUGCAAGGGUGAAUACACCUCCGGAAUAUGAGGGACCUUGGAGCGAAUGGAGUGAGGAGUUCACCUGGAAGACUGAGAAUGUUCUGUCACCUGUGGUUCUCCCAGUGAUCCUCCCAGCUGUCAUCAUCUCUUUGCUGAUAGCUGCUUAUUGCAGCUUUAAGUAUUUCCUCAGGAAGAAGAAAAUGUGGGAGGAAAAGAUUCCAAACCCCAGCAAGAGUCUCCUGAUCCAGAGCUACCUGGGGAAAGGACACUUGGGAAGUUGGCCAACAAGCAACCAGCUGGACUUCAACAAAUACAACUUUUCAGAGAAGAUGGAGCAGCCUAGCUUCCUUCAAGUCGUGGACAGGCAGGCGAAGACUUUGGCAGAGUGCCUUGAAGAGCAGACUCAAAAGACAGAUGUUUCCCCUGUUACACUGGACCUACAGAACUCAUACCAAGCUUUAAAUGAGUCAGAGCAUGCCCCAGUUGUCUGCUCAAGUCAGAAUGCUUGUCAUUCCUUUCCCAUUUCUAGGAGAAACAGUGCUGAUGCAAGUAUUGCUUCCCACACAGCAAUCCCUUGCUUUGAUUUCAAUGGUCCAUACUUGUACAGCCCAGUGGUGUCCUCUCACCCUGAUAUACAUGAGACCCUGAAAAUGGACCCCGUGGGGCUCAGUAAGAAAUCAGUUUCCCUUCAGUAUGUGACACUCCCAAGGGAAGACUCUCCCCAGGCCCCACAGAGGCAAGAACAGCCAGGAGCAGCUCCUCCAAAGGACUUGCUCCCAGAUCAGAAGGAAACGAUGCAGCACCUUGAUGACAAGGAAGAACUCUCGUGGGUCUCACCAGCCUGUGGGGAAGGCACCAACCAGGGAACAGAAGAGCAGAACUCUCCAAAGGUUCUCAGCUGUACCACGUCUCCUCAACAGUGCCCCUUGGAGUACAUGGCCACGGACAGCCCAUUACUGCCCUCAGCCAUCACCUCCACCCAUCCUCCACUUGUCGCAGCUGGGGAAUCACCUUGUGGCUCACAGGAGCCCCAGCCUGCCAGCGACCACUCUUGCCAUGAGUUUUCUCCUGAGAAAAAUGGUGUCACAAUCCCAGUUUCAGUCCAAGCACCAACCUCGUCUCCUGAAUUGCACCUGGAUGUGUUUGGUGACUAUCUUACUGUGCCUGAAGGUCUCCAUGAACAAUCAAACCCCACAGAGAUUCCUCUGCCUGUCUUACAGAAGGAAAAUGGUAUUCCUAGAAAGCAGCCUUUGUCAGAGGGUAACUUGGUGGUGUUAAACCCUGACAGCACUGAGCCAGUUUUCCUCUGCCAGGUUGGUGACUAUUGCUUCCAGAGCCUAAAAUCCAGCAUGAAGAUGGACAAUAGUCAGGAAGACCACCAAGUCAAGAAACUUUCUGAUGGUGAGACAACACUUGGGAAGCCUAUAUGUGAUGAUGAAUCCAUCACUGGCAAGGAAAAGGAUGUAUGGAAGAGGAAAAAAAUACAGGCCAUUCAGCUUUUCAAAAGCCUGAAAUCAGAUGAUUACUUUUCCUGGCAGCAGUCUUUGAGGAUCAAAGAAGUCUGUUAAAUGGGUAAAUAUUAAUGAAUAUCAAAGAGACAGGUAACUGAAAGAGGUUGCAAUUAUCUGGUGAAAAGGAACCUUCAAACCUAGGAACAAAUAAACACCAGUUCCAUUUUCAAGCUUCCAGUCCAAUGUGUUGAAAAACUUGAAGUAGCUCAAUCUCAUUCUCGGUGGCCUUCACAGAUUUGGCAUGAAAGACAACACAAAUAUUGCUCUUUAGUGUUUUUCAAACUUUUUGGCUUAUCCAUGAUGAACAGUUUAUCCUCCUCAUGAUCCUGUGACCCAUCACAAUCAUCUUGCCAUUAUAUCAGAUUGUUUGGCAAAACUCAUGGCAGGAAAUGCAGACUUAACAUUUGAAAGGCUAUCAGAAGAUGACAAGCUUGGAAAUCUUGGAAAGAAAAGUUAUAUUCUUAAAAGCAAUUUUGUUGAACUUUUGUGUAUUUGUAAAAAAGCUCUAAAAGUCAUCAAGGAACUUUUAUAUCGCUGCCUUUCCACUAUGGCAUGAAAUAGGUAUUGUCUAAGGUGAAAAAACCCCAGACAGUUACAGAAGCAUAAAUAAAAAAUGAGAAAAAAAAAUUGUUGAAAUCCAGGAAAACUUUCUUAAUGCUAAUGUGCAUUAUAUCACAAUGGAUUCAAAGGGUAAGAAGGAAACAUUACUGGGACACAUAAAGCAAGUUGUAGAGACCCAUUUAGAAGAAGAAACGUUACUGAAAGAAAACUCAAGGGCUCCUAAGGUUCAGUGAGAGGGAGUGGGGCAGAUAACACAAAAUGGCAGGUAAGAGAUGCUGGGAAAGUGCACAAGCCUGUAUCUGCUUGUUUUUUUCUAUUUCUAAGUGUUAAAGUACUGUAUGAUUUUCUUUUAAGUUCAUUGACCAUUUAUACACUAUAUACUUCAUCCUAACAUGUAAUUGAUUCUUAGUUUGGUUUGUUUUUCCCUAAAUAAUGAGUGUUGAGAAAGAGGAGACUUUUUCCCCCAGUUUUGCUGUAAAGAAGGUGGUGCAAGAUAAGAGCAUUUGUUCAGAACUGCUACUCUGUAGUCAGUGAAAAGGCUUUGGCUUCAGACCUGAAGGUGGACUUGAUUUCCAAAAAAUUUUUUUUUCUUCAAAUAUAAAAUCUGUAUUAAUAAACAUAUUAUUUCUUCCUAUAAAUAUUUCCUUUCAUAUGCUAAAAAUAUUGUGUUUACAAUAAAAUUACUAUCACCUCA